UCAGCCAGAGGUGGUACAGUCCAGAGAGCGGGAGGCUGCAAACAGUUAGCUUCAGAGAUCAGCUGGGAUACUCAGACCAGUUUCUCCAGGAAGAUGAGUGAGGAGAACGCAGAGGAGUUGAAGCAGCUGGAGGCUGAGGUGAAGCUGCUGCAGGCAGAGAUUAUAGCUCUGCAGCAGCAGCGGCAGGACAGCUGGGAAAACGCCUCCUUCCAGUUCAGGGGACAGAUGCAGGACGCUCUAGCGUUUGUCUGUGGACGGACGCAGGACCUGGAGGAGACGGUGGUGUCCAGGCUGAAGGAGGAGGUGGAGGAGCUGGAGAAGGACUUGAAGCUGCAGACUCAGAUAAAUGGCAUCUGCCUGAACAGCUGCAUCACAAAGACCCUGCAGAGCCGCGGUCAGGAGGUGGUCCACCAGGUCCGUCUGUCAGGUCGCAGCUCUGAGCUGGUCUUCCAGGUAGAGUUCCAGCUUUCUGAGCUCAAGGACGGAUCGAGAACAGAGCGGAGAAUCAGAGAUCUGAACCUGGUGCUGGACUCCAGCGACCUGCUGAGCCUCAGCAGCUUCCUGUCCAGGGUGGAGGAAACCCGGGACCUCCUGUUGUUCUUCAGAACCAUCAGGAGUUACUCAGAGAAAUGCGACGAUCGGACCAGAACCUUUCAGCACUUCCAGGAGAAGUUUCCCUCCAUUGUGUCUCUUCCCAAAGGCAUGACCUUUGGCAUGCCCUCAGAGGUCAUGACCUUGAAUCAUCCCGAGCUUCCAGGCUGCUGCUUCUUCAUUCACUGGUGCGUGGAUGUUUCCACAGGGGGCGCUGUCACUCCCAAGAUCCAGCUGCUGUCAAAGAUCCCAGAGAAAGCUCUGCAGCUGUUCCCCAGUCAGCCAGCAGGGGGCGGCGCUGCUGAGGCCUUCCAGAGCCUGCUGAGGAUUCUGGGACCUGAAGCUGCCAUUGAGUCCAUCAUCAGAGCCGUUAGCCUCUCAGAGAGUGACAAACUCAGCGAUUAGCAGCUUCAGAGGUUCUGCUGGACCUCAGCUGAUCCUAAACCAGAACUUUAUUCCCUAUCCUGGACGAGACAAAAUGCACAAGAAGCAGACAAACCAGCAGAACUCUUUGGUCCAAAUGUACAAAAAUAAAAUAAAUGAUUUCAGUAGAAAACAUCGGACAGCUA